UCGUCUGUGUAUGUCUCUGUGUAACAUCACAUUUGAAAGUAGCCACUAGUUUAUUUUAUAACGUUAACACAGUAAACAGAUGCCGAUUUUAUGUUAACGUGCAUGAAGCGCACGUUCAUGUGGCAUCACGUGACGUCGUAGUUGUUAUAUGUUAUGUAUCAUAUACUUCCGGUGAGGUUUUGUAACAAUGAUUGUGGGCUUAUGCAAUUAUUCACGGCUGCACAAUAAAGACUGGGUUUGUUCGUGAACUGCAGCGGAUCUCACUACUUACAAUGACUGAAGUCAGGCGGGCCAUCUCUGAAGCGCUGUGGGGACUGUGUGCAGCGGAUGCCAUGUCGAUGCCCGUCCACUGGUACUACAACACCCAGGACAUCAGGAGGGACUUCAGUGGCUGGAUCUCUGGAUUCAGUGCACCGCGGGACAGACACCCGUCCAGCAUCCUAAGCCUGUCCAGCACAGCUGGCAGUGGACGCAGAGCUGGAUCAACAGGAACCGCAGCUCCUGUGGUGGGGAACGUGAUUCUGCAUGAUAAGCUGAAGUUCUGGACAGAACCACGUGGAUCAGUGCACUACCAUCAGGGUCUUCACGCGGGUGGAAACACUCUGAACACUCUCUGUGCUCUGAGAGUUGCACGCAUUCUGUCCACCGGUACUUUUGUUAGUAUGGCUGACCCUGAAGCACGAGCCGCUGUUCUGUCAGAUUACACUGAGUUUAUGACGCGUCCCGGCUCACACAACGACACGUACGCCGAGUCCUUCCAUAGAAGCUUCUUCUCUGACUGGCAGGAACUCAGACCUACGUCCUGUAGAGAGGUUCUGGAGUUUGCGGAGCGGCGCUCCAAAAGCAUGUUGAGCACGUCCCAUGCUGAUAGUCAACUGAAUGCUAUAGGAUGUCUUCCCAUGGCCAUUCCCUUUGUCCUGCUGUCUGCCACAGCCAAUGAGGAGGAAGCAGUUUCUGCAGCAGUGGAGUUUGUGAAGCUCACUCAUCCUCAUCCAGCGCUGGAGCCACUGGUGUCUCUGUACAUGCGAGCACUUCACGCCACACUGAACGGAGCAUGUCUGAAACAGCAGGCGGAGAUGGCGCUCAAAUCACCCGUGCUGGACACCUGGGACGUGUGUCAACACUUUAUACAGUGCGCUGAGAGGCUUCCAGGAUCAUCAGAUGAGUGUCUGAAGGUUCAUCAGAGAGCUGUGGAGUCUCUCGGACUUGCCUGCUACACACAAGGAGCUCUCAGCAGUCUCUUCUACCUGGCCUACAAUUUUCAUAAUGAUGUGACUGGGGGAAUCCUGACCAACACCAACUGUGGAGGUGAGAACUGUAACCGUGGAGCAGCAUUAGGGGCUCUUCUCGGGGCCCGGGCGGUGUAUCUCGGCUCAGUCGUACCACAGGAGUGGAAGGAAGGGCUGGUUGAAGCUCAGGGGCGAAUCACUGACAUCCUGCAGGAGCUGAACAUAUCCACAUCAGUCUGAUGUUCCUCUACUUGUGAACUUCCUCCUGCACUGCUGUGCUGUUUAGCUCUUCUUUUGACUCUUCAUAUGUUUUUCUCUCUGCUGUUUAUACAGACACACACACUCAAGCAUAUGCUGCUGGCACAGGAAAUGGUGCCCACAGAUGUGGUUUCCAGUCUGCACUGUGGAAGACUUUCCUCUCGUCUUUAUACCUUCAGUCACACUGUGACCUACUUGCAUAAUUCUCACAUUAGAACUGCAUCUGUUAUAGACUGAGUACAUAAAAAUGUAGAUAGUUGAUGCUUAAAAAAUUCUCAUUAGAAUGUGUCUGAGUCAUAAACUUACAAGUUGAUGAAUGCAGAACAUGUGACUGGAGAAGCGGAAUACUAAACGCUCUUAAGGACACUAUUUCAGAGUUUGAAACAAAAAUAUAUAAUAUAAAUCUUUUUUUGUUGUUUGUUUUUAACUAUUUGAUCCUAAAUGCUUCCAUUAAAACAGGCCAUGAUUUGAAAUGGAUAAUUUGGUGAUAUAAAUUUGGUGACUUGUGUCUGUAAUUGUUUUGUUCUUAGUUUUAUCUAAGGUAAUUCUAUAGCUUUUUAAACAAUGCAUCAUAAUAAAAAAAAUUUAUUUUACUAAAGUUAUUUUAAUAAGACACUUUAACAAUUGACCUUUAAUUGUGAGUAUUAUAUGAACAUUAUUAGAUAUAUUAUAAAUUAUCUUCUAAAUGAUGCACUAAUUCAGAUUAUUUGCACA